AUGGCGGAGUCGGACGGGCUGUCAGGCGGAGGAUGGCCGGGGAUUGUCUCGGGGCUCCGGCGGCCGCUCUCCUCUUCUCCAAUGGCGGUGAUUUCAAUCCGGGGAUUUUUUUUUGCCUUCUCCCGGGGGGCGGGGGGGGGCGUCAGAGGCCGCGGCGCAUGCUCAGUGCGGAGGGCCCCCCGCGGCGCAUGCUCAGUGCGGAGGGCCCUCAGCGGCGCAUGCUCAGUGCGGAGGGGCCCCCCGCGGCGCAUGCUCAGUGCGGAGGGGCCCCCCGCGGCGCAUGCUCAGUGCGGAGGGCCCCGCGGCGCGUGCGUUUUCAUUGGUUUGGUUCUUGUUGUGUUUAAAGAAGAGUUGGUGCUGUGGUUCCGACUUCAUCCCCGAGACCCUACAGGCACCCAGUGUGAAUACUGGAGUGGUGGGGUCCUAGGAAGUGAGCCGUCUAUGGGCAGCAUGAUGCAUCUUCAGCAGACUUUCCGAGGUCCAGAAUUUGCACAAAGUUCAAUUGAUGUGGAAGGACCUUUCACCAAUGUUAACCGAGAUGACUGGGAUGCUGCUGUGGCUACACUACUGCAGGUCACCCCCUUCUCUCAGUCUCUCAGGAGCAACACAGUGCGCUGCUACCUUAUGAAUACUGCAGAUACACAAUCUGUGGUGGAUGUAUUCCUCCAUGAGUACAUGCCAAACCUGCAGAUUAUGUGUGAGAGUUUUGGGCAAUUUCUUCUUAUAGUGAAGUUCCCAGAGGAGAAAGCAAGUCAGUACUUACCAGAGAGGAGGCGAGAGAUUGAGAAAAGCUCCUUUUGUCUGUUCUUUGUAGGUUCUUCCUUACCUAGUUGUAUGGAGGAGGACUGUGAAGAAGGCUUCCUGAAGGGUGCUGAGAGCAGGCCUUUGCUAAUCUACCACAGACUGGACCUCAAUAGUGAAUGUUCAGAUGCAGUACACCAGCUCAUUGAUAAAGUAUCUGCAAACCAAUCUCAAAAAGCAAAGAUCAUUAAACAUAGUGGAAGUGCAGAGGAAGGAGCUAAAAACGUUUUUAUCCAAGUAGAAAAGAUUAUCAAACAGGAAUUGCUGGGCUUAGAAAACACUGAUCUGGAGAACAAAGAUUCUGGGAUUGAAGAUGAUUCUACCAAUUGGGAAGAUGAGGACUUUGGAGAUGUAAUAUGGAAUAUGCAUGAUGAGCAGGAACAGAUAGAAGCUUUUCAACAAGCUUCUAAAUCUGUCUGUGAAUUAGGAUUUGAGAAGUACUAUGAUCGGCUGAAUGAUCUUGUGACGGCUCCUGCACCCAUACCUCCGCUUCUUGUGUCAGGUGGUCCAGGCUCUGGCAAAUCUCUUUUGCUAUCCAAAUGGAUUGGCCACCAACAAAAAUGCUCACCUAAUACCUUAAUAUUAUAUCAUUUUGUGGGGAAGCCCCUAUCGACCAGUUCUGAGCCAGCACUGAUAAUUAAAAGAUUUACUGCAAAGCUAUUGCAGCAUUCCUGGUCUAUGUCUGCCCUAUCUUUGGACCCAAGUAAAUUACUGGAAGAAUUUCCCCGAUGGCUGGAGAAACUGUCUGCACGCCACCAAGGCAGCAUAAUUAUUAUCAUAGAUUCCAUAGAUCAAAUCCAGCAAGCUGAACGGCACAUGAAGUGGCUGAUUGAUCCGUUGCCUGUGAAUGUAAGGGUGAUUGUUUCUGUAAAUGUGGAAACAUGCCCGCAAGCAUGGAGAUUAUGGCCAACUCUACACCUUGAUCCACUGAGUCCAAAGGAUGUAAAGGCUCUGAUUAAUGCUGAAUACUGCCUUGUUGAUAUGAAACUUACUAAAGAACAGGAGAAGAAACUGGAGAAGCAUUGUAGAUCUGCGACUACCUGUAAUGCCCUGUAUGUUACACUCUUGGCCAAAAUAAUCACAGAUGCCAAAGGUCUAGGAGACAUGGAUUUGAUUCUACAGCACUGUUUCCAAUGUCAGGAUACAGUCUCUUUGUAUAGGCUAAUCCUGCAAUCUGUCCAAGUGUCCCUGUCUACUGAUCAGGACAGGCAACUGAUGAGAGAGAUCCUAUCUCUUAUCUACGCGAGCCACAAUGGUGUGAGUGAAGGAGAACUCCUGGAGAUGUGCACAGAUUUGACCUGGCCUGUCCUUGCCUCUACUCUUCACAGCUUAGAGUGCAUGUAUGUGAUCACAUAUUGUUGCGGACUGCUGAAGUUUCAGCAUCUUCAGGUGAGAAUAGCUGAUGAUGUUGUCAACAUUUCAAGUGGUAAAUAAUCUUUUUUUUAUCUCAAGGCCUGGGAAUCUGUGAAAUUGGAAUAUAUGGAGAAUGAUGAAAACAAUGCUCUCUCAACACACAGAGAAAAGCUUGUCCAGUUCUUUUCACAGCAACUGAGUCGGGACAGAGUAACCUGGCGGGCUGCAGAUGAACUUCCCUGGCUCUUCCAGCAGCAGGGAGACAAAGAGAAGUUACACAACUGCUUACUGAAUCUCUUUGUCUCUCAGAAUCUUUAUAAGCGGGGCCAUUUUGCAGAGCUGCUGUACUACUGGCAGUAUGUCGGAAUGGAUAAGAGCUCCAUGGCUGCUGCUUACUUCGAGUCUUUGAAAGAAUAUGAGAAGAGCUGUGAGGGCGAGGACAUGAUCACACGGCUGGCAGACCUUUAUGAAACACUAGGACUCUUUCUGAAGGACUUGGGCCUGCUGAGUCAGGCUGUUGCACCGUUACAACGUUCUCUGGAGAUCCGAGAGAGCGCAUUAGAUCCAGAUCAUCCCAGUGUGGCUCAGGCAUUGCACCAGCUUGCUGGUGUAUAUGUGCAGUGGAAGAAGUUUGGAAAUGCGGAACAGCUGUACAAGCAGGCACUCGAGAUCAGUGAAAAUGCCCAUGGCUCUGAGCAUCUUCGAGUAGCUCAGGAGCUGGAUGCUCUAGCAAUGCUUUAUCAAAAACAAAAUAAAUAUGAACAAGUGGAGUCAUUAAGAAAGCGUUCCAUGAAGAUAAGACUAAAGGUUUCCAGACAGAAAGGCAACUUGCCUGGUUUCGCUAUUCUUCGUCGUCGGGUUCUGCAGUUAGAAGAGCUUACUCUAGGGACUGAGUCAGCAGACACUGCUCGGACCUUGAAUGAACUGGGGGUGCUGUACUAUCUUCAAAACAACAUGGAGACAGCAGAACUCUUUUUUAAACGCUCUUUGGAAAUGAGGGAGCGGGUUCUUGGUCACGAGCACUCAGACUGUGCACAAUCCUUGAAUAAUCUGGCAGCCUUGUACAAUGAGAAGAAGGAAUAUGAGAAAGCUGAGGAGCUGUAUGAGAGGGCACUUGACAUCCGGCGAAAAGCGCUAGCACCUGAUCAUCCACUGGUGGCCUACACUGUCAAACAUCUUGCACUAUUGUACAAAAAAAGGGGAAAGUUGGACAAAGCUGUUCCUUUAUGCCAACUUGCAGUUGAAAUUCGACAAAAAUCCUUUGGUCCGAAGCACCCGAGUGUGGCCACUGCCUUGGUAAACCUGGCUGUGCUCUACUGUCAAUUGAAAAAACACAAUGAAGCUUUGCCACUAUAUGAAUGUGCUCUCAAAAUCUAUGAGGACAGUUUGGGUCGUUCUCAUCCCAGAGUGGGAGAGACACUAAAGAAUUUAGCAGUGCUUAGUUACGAGGAGGGCAACUUUGAAAAGGCUGCGGAAUUGUACAAGAGAGCAAUGGAAAUUAAGGAAGCUGAAGCCUCGCUGGUGGGUGGAAAAGCUCCUUCAAGACAUUCCUCCAGUGGAGACACCUUCAGUUUACGAAAUGCUCUAGUUCCUAAUCCCUAGUAAUUGGAAUUGGGACCUGGUGACUCAGUUACUUAGGUGUUAUAAGUGAAUGGUAUGAUACUGUUAACACCAUGGAUGCAAAACACAUCAAGACGAGGAAAGGUACCAAACAGAUUGUGCCAUUGCCUCGAUGUAUGCAACAUGAAAGCCUAAGUUGUGUUGCUCACCCGGAAUCUUGCAGGGAAUUCUUAAUACCUGCUAUGCACCCAGUGAAGGCUAAAACCUAUGAUUGUCAGAUGUCAAAAGACCAACUAGCGACUAUCCUCCUUGGGGGGGAAAGGGGCAAGCAGGGUCUUCUUGGAGCU